CUAAUUAAAUCACACAAAGGAGAGGAUAUGGGACUUUGGGUGUACUACCUUUUUUUUGUUUUCUAUUCGGUGCGAUCCCUCUGCGUCAAGGAAGUCAAGCGGCCGGAGAGAAUGAUGAAAAUGAACGUGUUUCUCCUUUUGGCUAUAGUUUUUUCCUUCCUAGGAUUUAGUGGCGCUCAGCAUAAAAAUGGCAUGACCGGUGGUAACUCAGAACAGAAGCUGCAAGUGAUUAGCAGCGCGAAGGACCUAAUAACGAAGAUAGAUGCAGAACCAGUGAAGAGCCAAUACGUGACCUAUAUUUACCACAGCUCCAUAUGUGCCUACUGUUCGAAGGUUACCGAUGCUAUAAAGGACAACGAAAAUGUAGAAAUUAUUAAAUUUCAUGAGGAUAGUAAUGUGGAAGAGUUAAUCAAGACGGAAAAGCCAAUUGUCGUUUUAAUGAAAAAUAUUCACAACGGAAGUUCCAUUAAUAGAAGCAUUUUCUUCUCAGAACUGAAAGAGAAAGGAGGAAAAGUUCAAGUACCAGCUCUGGGAAUAGACGAUUGUAUUAUGUACGAAUCGGAUGAAAUUAUUAAAUUUUACAAACAUUUGAUAGAGAAAGUUGAAGGAGGUGAUGGUGAUUCGGAGGACUCACAGGAGGAAUAA